UUUUCGUUCAUUCACCGCGCACCUGUUGUGUUUACAUUGGACUUCCUUGUUUACGAUGAUAGAAGAUUUAGUCUGAUAUGUCAAGACACCUGGUUGUGAAAUGAUCUAGAAUACACCAUGGAGGCGGUGAACAGCAGGGUGGUUUACCUAGGAAAUCUUCGGAGUGAUACAGGCUUGAGGAAUCUCAAAGAGCACAUCUUCAAUUUGUUCAGAAACUACCUAGGCAUUAAAGUUACCCAGGACGACAUCUUUAUACACACAAAUCAAGGGAGAGGCUCCUGGUAUGCUUUUAUCAACUGUCAUGAGGAACAUCAGGCUGAAUAUGUCCUCGAUCAGUUAGGAACCUGGGAGUCCCGAAGACACACUCACUUCAACUUUACUUCUAUAUGUGAAGGAUCUCGGCCAUUGAUAGCUGAUUACAAACGUGUAACGAAGCACAAAAACAAGAAAACCAAGAAAAAGAGGAGGAAGCCUAGAGACCAUGAUUCACCAGAUAUCACGGAACAAUUUGAUGAAUAUUAUUCUGAUGAUUUCCCUCAAAAUAAUCUACAACAAAAAGAUAUUCAGCCUAGCUUACCGUCAAUCAAAAGUGGGAGGAAGAUACCAGGUUUAGGUUCUAAAAAGACAGCGGAGGGAUCUGUGCAUGACAUAUACUUAGAUGGAGAGCAACUUGGCAAUGAAACGAGAAAUAAGGAAUUCAAGAAAGGUGGUGGGGAAUACGUAAAAAAUGUUAUGAAAAAACAUGUUUCAAAGUAUGUGUGUGCCUUCCUGAACAGCGGAGAAGAAGGAACUCUGUAUCUUGGUGUAAAUGACGAUGGCUGUGUUGAAGGUGUUUUGUGUCCACAUACCAGAGAGGACGAAGUGAGGCUGGAUAUUGACGAUGCAAUAAAAACCAUUAAACCUGCUGUGUUCCCUAAAUAUUAUGAUGUUGAAUUUACACCUGUGUAUUACAAAUUAGGAGUCCCUAAAGAGGACUAUAAAGUAGUGGAAAUAAUAGUCUAUGGUACUGGUGAUAUAGAUAGGUUGUACGGUUCUCCCCAUGGCGUGUUUUUAAGGAGGGAUGGAGGGGUACAGACAUUGAAAUUCGAAGAAAUACUAGAGUGGUCAGAUCUGAAACAUCAAAAACAAAUCAGAAGACUGGAGGACAGAUUGCAGAGACAGGAAGAUUUAUUUGAGAGAAAAACACAAGAGGAGAAAGACAAGAAAUCCAAAGUGUGCGUGGUCAUGUAGUGGCUGUGUUAAAAUUGGUAUGCCAGAGGAAAACAGGGUCUCAACUAAAACCUCAUAUAUUUUCUGAAGCGUGUUUAUUUCUUUAAAACUUGAAGUUUAACCAUGUGCUAUGUACACGCAACUCCAGAUAGUCAGGGGAAAAAACCAAAAAUAUCAAAAAUACAAAAAUAGUGAAAAUGACCAAAAUGUUUACGUGUAUGGGAUCCUAGUUUGAGAUUUAGAGACUGCUAUUUUCAAUCAAAGAUUAUUUUUCUAAUUACUGUAUGUAUGAGGCUUCUUUGAAAUAAUUGAGACAUUUUAUGUUUUUCAUUGUUUUUUACAUCGUUGAAAAUUGGCAGAAUAAUACAGAAAUAUAAAAAUCAGAAUUAGGUAAGUUAUAAAAUUCAAUGUCACUUCCAGAACAUUUGUUAAAAUGGCAUAUAGGCAGGGGAAUUCAGAUCAUAAAGCUGAAUAUAAACAAAAUGACAAAUAGGCAGGGGCAUUCAGAGCAUAAAACUGAGUAUAAAAAUACAAAUGAAUUGAAGCAGACUUAAAGGACACAUAUCUUGUUUUUAAAGUAUACAAAUUAUAUGCCUUUUGUCUUGCUUAUGCUUAUAGUAAUUAAUUAAGAAGAUGGCGCAUUUUUCAGUUCACACUGACGAUAGGGUUAUUUACACCAUUCUGGUAAAAAAUAGUAUAAGUUGCUUAAAAAUACAAGAACAUUACAAUGUAUCUAUUUAUUUUCAAAGUUCUUAAAAAACUAAAUCCCAUCCAUGCUAUGCAAUUUAACACAAAAACGAAAUAACUUAAUUCAUUAACGUCUGUCUCAGAAAGACAUGUAUACAUUCAAAUAAAGAAUGUGCUGGAGUAGACCAAGAGUGUUCAGGUGUCCAGCAAUGCUUUAUAUGCCGUGCAUUAGGAGUACGUCUGUUGAAAGAUUAAGCUUUGUGACAACACUCGAUAUAAUGGCAAACUUAAAUGUGGAUCAUUUAUAUGAGAUCCACUUAUCCUAACAUGAUAAAUGUUAGGUGGGUUAUACUCAAAAUGGAGUUACUUAGUGAAUUAAAUAUAAUGUAUCAUCAAAAUGGCAUCAUGAUAAGCUCGUCGGAGUGCCCCAGUUGAUAACCUUACAGGAGUACCCCAGUUCACAGCAUGCAUAGCAUCAUGAAAACCCUGCUAAUUUGAUAUCAGAUGCACACAAUGCCUAAUCACUUACAGAAUGCAAAUGAAUUGUUAUUUUUACAAUGAUACCAACAAUGUCUCAAUAAUUUCCAAACAUGCGAUUCUGGAGUCACAUUUCUUAGAAUAUUUACUAUCAAAAUCUUUUUUACACCAUAGGUAGUAAUGUUUGAGUUAGAUGUGCAAUUCAAAAGUAGAUUUACAAUAUACAUAUCCAUUUAGUAGUUUCAUAUCAUUAUGCUCCUUUGUUAGCUGGCCUGUUUUUAUAUUCUUGUGAAACACAUAUUAUUCCAAAGCUUCUACACGAGAAGAAAAGAUUUUUUGCUGUGGCCUUCAACUUGACAUUUAGGUAUAUCGACGUUUUAUCAAUUAACAAUCAUUUUCAUUCUCGUGUCGAUUCGAUAUAUCCCUGUGAACUCGAGAUAAAUAUACCACAGAGUUGUCCACAUCUCCUUCGUACUUAGAUAUCUUAUUGAAAAUAAAUAAUAACGAAAACUAACAACUCAACGUUGUGGGAAAACUGGAUGAUUUUAAGGUUCUCCAUCGUGAACUUCCCAUAUUUAUGUUGCAAUAUCCCAUUAUCACCUAUAUAUGGCGUUUAUAUCUCUCAACUGAUUCGAUACGAAAGCUCUUGUUCUGCGUAUGAUCAUUUUUUAAAUCGAGUCAGGCUAAUAGCAAACAAGAUGAUGUUGCAUGGGUUUCAACAGUCUCGUUCAAACUCAGCAUUUCGUAAUUUUUUUGGGUCGUUAUAACAAUCUAUCAUUGGGUCAAAUGCUGUCUGACGUGUUUCAUAUCGAUUGUUAGGUUGUUUUGACUAAUCAAGACGUAGGGCUCACGGCGGUUGUGACCGGUCAACAGGUGAUGCUUACUCCUCCUAGGCACCUGAUCCCACCUUUCAUUUACAUUAUCACUUCCCUUACGUAGCUUGAAAAAUAUAAAACGUACAAUUUAAAUCGUGACUUUUGGGGGGUAAGAAUUCACCUUUGUACAUUCAAUACAACAAGGUAAUGGUUUAUCAUUAGAGUGGCAUUUUGAAUUUGGUUUUAUUUCCACAUGUAUUGCAAUAUAGAAAUGUGUGUUUGGUAAUCAGUAUUGUGUGCUUUGAUUGUCUGUGAUAAAUCUAUUUUGUGGUUUUACACCAAUAAAUAUAUUUUUUGCAAAUUG